CCGAGACUCUGCCCCAGUUUGUGCAACUAUACAUGAGCGAAGUAGAAUAAGACUAAGCGUACCCAAACCCGGACGUACCUUUCCUUUUCACGUAGUUCAUUCCCCUCUAUGAAAGGCAGCCUAUGAGCUUCUGAUUCUUGAAGCCUCUAGACCUCUACCUUCCUCUCAAAACAUUAGAAGACAGCCAAUUCUGCUAGCAUUAUCACUUCAUGUCUUGCGAUUACUGACGCCUUGAGGUAGCACGAACAGUUAACCCCUAACUGCACACAAUCCUGCAGCGAACAUAGUUUGCACCAAGGGAGACAGUGGGGCUCACUAACUUUCUGUGCAGAACUCUGCUCGAUUACUUAACGCAACUACUCGACUACCUCAAAGGGGGAGCCUUAGAGGACAGAACCGCCUCCCCCUCCAACUUCCUGGGAUGGCGGCGAACGUGGAGAACCACGGCGACCUUGAUAUGCCGAAAAUUGCUACGCCGGGCAUGGCUGAGUCGGAGCAUGCCGAGUCCGUGGAGCUGGGGAAGACGGAUGGCACGCACCGACGGCUCAAGCCGCGCCACAUUCAGCUAAUCGGCAUCGGCGGCACCAUCGGCACCAUGCUGUACGUGCAAAUCGGCAAGGGGCUGAUACAGGGCGGCCCGGGCAGCUUGUUUCUGGCCUUCACGCUGUGGUGCACCGUCAUCCUCGCCGUGACCUUCUGUCUGGCGGAAAUGGUGACCUACCUGCCCAUCUCGUCGCCCUUCAUCCGGUUCGCGGGGCGCUAUGUCGACGAGGCCUUUGGUUUCGCCGCGGGGUGGAACUUCUUCAUCUUCGAGGCCGCGCUCGUGCCCUUCGAGGUGACGGCCUGCAACGUCAUCAUCCACUACUGGAGCGACAUCGUGCCGGCCGGCGGCAUCAUCGCUAUCGUCCUCGUGCUCUACGCCCUCAUUAAUCUCAUGGCUAUCAAGUGGUACGGCGAAACCGAGUUCUGGGCAGCCCUGGGGAAAGUCUUGCUUAUCGUCGGCCUGCUUAUCUUCACCUUCAUCGUCGCGGUAGGCGGUAAUCCCCAGCACGACCGCUUCGGCUUCCGCUAUUGGUACGAGCCUGGGGCGUUCGCCGAGUAUUACACUACGGGCUCGCUCGGCCGGUUUCAGGGGUUUCUGCAGUGCCUCAUUUUCGCGUCGUUGGCCGUCGCCGGCCCCGAUUACGUCUCCAUGGCCGCUGGAGAAGCGGAGAAUCCCCGCAAGGUCCUGCCGAAGGCCUUCAAUGCCGUGUUCUACCGCUUGACGACCUUUUUCUGUCUUGGAUCGCUGGCCGUGGGCGUGCUAGUCCCGUACAACGACGCCGAAUUGAAGGCUGCGUAUGAAGAGAACAGACCUGGUGCUGCGGCUUCGCCUUACGUCGUUGCUAUGAACAGAUUGGGUAUUCCCAUUUUACCGCAUAUCGUCAACGCGCUCGUCUUGACGGCUGCUUUCUCCGCUGGAAACAGCUAUGUGUACUGCGCCUCUCGAUCGCUCUACGGACUCGCUCUCGAAGGGAAAGCACCCAGGUUCUUCAUCAAGUGCACUAAGAAGGGCGUGCCGAUUUACUGCGUUAUCCUCGUCCUGCUCAUCGCGCUAUUGUCGUUCCUCCAGGUGUCACAGGGCACUUCCGUGGUACUCAGCUGGUUCGUCAGUCUUAUCACCGCGUCGCAACUCGUCAAUUACUGCGUCGUGUGCUGCACGUACCUCUGCUUCCACCGCGCGUUGAAAGCGCAGGGCAUCAGUCGCGACUCGUUGCCGUAUAAAGGGUAUCUGCAGCCGUAUGCGGCGUACUAUGCGCUUGUUGCGACGUUCGUAUUCACCCUCGUAGGAGGGUACACUGUUUUUCUACCGGGGAAUCGGGACGUGGCUAGUUUUCUUUUCUCGUAUACCUCUGUUGCCGCCUUCCCGAUAUUAUAUGUCGCGUGGAAAGUCAUACAUCGGACGAAAGUAUAUCAGCCCGCUGAGGUUGAUUUACAGCAAGAUCUGGAUGAGGUCGAGGAGUAUACGAGGAAUUAUAUCCCGAGUCCGCCGAGGAACGGGUUUUCUAAAUGGUUUAAUAUACUGUUUAGUUGAUGUAGCGGAGCUGGAGGAGAUAGGUAGUGUAUAUACGAGCUUGGGUUGUAUUGAGAAAUGAAAGUGAUACCCUGGUAGAAUAUGAGAAUACAAAAAUGAAUGACUCUACGGGUG